AUCAACUUCGUAUUUCUGUUCAACAUCGUCAGGAUCCUAAUGACAAAAUUACGAGCAUCCACUACGUCUGAGACGAUCCAGUACAGGAAGGCAGUGAAGGCCACCCUGGUCCUCCUGCCCCUCCUGGGCAUCACCUACAUGCUCUUCUUCGUCAACCCUGGGGAGGACGACCUGUCGCAGAUCGUGUUCAUCUACUUCAACUCCUUCCUGCAGUCGUUCCAGGGUUUCUUUGUGUCUGUCUUCUACUGCUUCUUCAACGGAGAGGUGCGCUCAGCCGUGCGCAAGAGGUGGCACCGCUGGCAGGACCAUCACUCCCUCCGAGUCCCCGUGGCCCGGGCCAUGUCCAUCCCCACGUCGCCCACGAGGAUCAGCUUCCACAGCAUCAAGCAGACGGCCGCUGUGUGA